CUAUUUACUUCCGGGUGAAACCAAUCGGGCGCCAUCUUGUCUUGUUCGUGAAGAAGUAGAAGCAUCGAAAGGGUUGGAGAGGUAUUACGCGAACGGUGGCAACAACAGUGUUCCGGAACCAGAGUGGGGUCUAAGUAAUCUUGCUGCUAUGCUUCCAAGCUGUAGUUCUGAAUCAACCUAAAUUUUAAAGAGAAGACGAACCUCUGAGACUGAAAAUCAAAUAUAUUUUAAAAGUCAAGAUGUGGGAUCAAGGAGGACAGCCUUGGCAGCAAUGGCCCUUGAACCAACAACAAUGGAUGCAGUCAUUCCAGCACCAGCAGGAUCCAAGCCAGAUUGACUGGGCUGCAUUGGCUCAAGCUUGGAUUGCCCAAAGAGAAGCUUCAGGACAGCAAAACAUGGUAGAACAACCACCAGGAAUGAUGCCAAAUGGACAAGAUAUGUCUACAAUGGAAUCUGGUCCAAAUAAUCAUGGAAAUUUUCAAGGGGAUUCAAACUUUAACAGAAUGUGGCAACCAGAAUGGGGAAUGCAUCAGCAACCCCCACACCCCCCUCCAGAUCAGCCAUGGAUGCCACCAACACCAGGCCCAAUGGACAUUGUUCCUCCUUCCGAAGACAGCAACAGUCAGGACAGUGGGGAAUUUGCCCCUGACAACAGGCAUAUAUUUAACCAGAACAAUCACAACUUUGGUGGACCACCCGAUAAUUUUGCAGUGGGGCCAGUGAACCAGUUUGACUAUCAGCAUGGGGCUGCUUUUGGUCCACCGCAAGGUGGAUUUCAUCCUCCUUAUUGGCAACCAGGACCUCCAGGACCUCCAGCACCUCCCCAGAAUCGAAGAGAAAGGCCAUCAUCUUUCAGGGAUCGGCAGCGUUCACCUAUUGCACUUCCUGUGAAGCAGGAGCCUCCGCAAAUUGAUGCAGUAAAACGCAGGACUCUUCCAGCUUGGAUUCGAGAAGGUCUUGAAAAAAUGGAACGUGAAAAGCAGAAGAAAUUGGAAAAAGAAAGAAUGGAACAACAACGUUCACAAUUGUCUAAAAAAGAAAAGAAGGCCACAGAAGAUGCUGAAGGAGGAGAUGGCCCUCGUUUACCUCAGAGAAGUAAAUUUGAUAGUGAUGAGGAAGAUGAAGACACUGAAAAUGUUGAGGCUGCAAGCAGUGGAAAAGUCACCAGAAGUCCAUCUCCAAUUCCUCAAGAAGAGCAGAGUGAACCAGAGAUGACUGAAGAAGAAAAGGAGUAUCAAAUGAUGUUGCUGACAAAAAUGCUGUUGACUGAAAUUCUACUGGAUGUUACAGAUGAAGAAAUUUAUUAUGUAGCCAAAGAUGCACACCGGAAAGCAACGAAAGCUCCUGCAAAACAGCUGGCACAGUCCAGUGCACUGGCUUCCCUCACUGGACUCGGUGGACUGGGUGGUUAUGGAUCAGGAGACAGUGAAGAUGAGAGGAGUGACCGAGGCUCUGAGUCAUCUGAUACUGAUGAUGAGGAAUUACGGCACCGAAUCCGGCAAAAACAGGAAGCUUUUUGGAGAAAAGAAAAAGAGCAGCAGCUGUUACAUGAUAAACAGAUGGAAGAAGAGAAGCAACAAACAGAAAGGGUUACAAAAGAGAUGAAUGAAUUUAUCCAUAAAGAGCAAAAUAGUUUAUCAGUACUAGAAGCAAGGGAAGCAGAUGGUGAUGUGGUUAAUGAAAAGAAGAGAACUCCAAAUGAAACUAUGUCAGUUUUAGAACCAAAAAAAGAGCAUAAAGAAAAAGAGAAACAAGGAAGGAGUAGAUCAGGAAGUUCUAGUAGUGGUAGUUCCAGUAGCAAUAGCAGAACUAGCAGUACUAGUAGUACUGUCUCUAGCUCUUCAUACAGUUCUAGCUCAGGUAGUAGUCGCACUUCUUCUCGAUCUUCUUCUCCCAAAAGGAAAAAGAGACAUAGUAGAAGUAGAUCUCCAACAGUUAAAGCUAGACGUAGUAGGAGUCGAAGUUACUCACGAAGAAUUAAAAUAGAGAGCAGUAGGGCUAGAGUAAAGAUUAGAGAUAGGAGGAGAUCUAAUAGAAAUAGCAUUGAAAGAGAAAGAAGAAGAAAUCGAAGUCCGUCCCGAGAGAGACGUAGAAGUAGAAGUCGCUCAAGGGAUAGGCGAACCAAUCGGUCCAGUCGCAGUAGGAGUCGAGAUAGGCGUAAAAUUGAUGAUCAACGUGGAAAUCUUAGUGGGAGCAGUCAUAAGCAUAAAGGUGAGGCUAAAGAACAAGAGAGGAAAAAGGAGAGGAGUCGAAGUAUAGAUAAAGAUAGAAAAAAGAAAGACAAAGAAAGGGAGCGUGAACAGGAUAAAAGGAAGGAGAAACAAAAAAGGGAAGAAAAAGAUUUUAAGUUCAGUAGUCAGGAUGAUAGGUUAAAAAGGAAACGAGAAAGUGAAAGAACAUUCUCUAGGAGUGGUUCUAUAUCUGUUAAAAUCAUAAGACAUGAUUCUAGACAGGAUAGUAAGAAAAGUACUACCAAAGAUAGUAAAAAACAUUCAGGCUCUGAUUCUAGUGGAAGGAGCAGUUCUGAAUCUCCAGGAAGUAGCAAAGAAAAGAAGGCUAAGAAGCCUAAACAUAGUCGAUCGAGAUCCAUGGAGAAAUCUCAAAGGUCUGGUAAGAAGGCAAGCCGCAAACACAAGUCUAAGUCCCGAUCAAGAUCAACAACCCCUCCCCGUCGUAAACGCUGAGGAAUGAUGUGGCAAGAAUGCCAUGAUGUUUAAAAAAUUCCAUGAGUUUUAAGGGCUUGUCUCAUUAUAGAGGCACAUUGUGGCUGUGUAGGUGAAACCAGAAUCUUUUUUUUUUUUUUUUUUUUUUAAAUCUGUAAAUAGGUGUACUUUUUCCAAAUGCUGCUCCAAGUUACUUAAUAGGAUUUCUUUGUAUUACAUUUUUUUUCAAAAAAAAAAAAUAGUGCAUAAUAAGACUAUAAACAUGCCAUUCUCUUUCAGCUGUAAUGUUCUUAAAAUUAUUCUUGAAUGUACUGUGAUGUCAAUAAAGCUCUUUAGUUCAUUUUUGUUAA